AUGUACGUCCAAAAUUUAUUGGAAUCUUCCGAUGAUGAAUCUGAUGACGAUGAAGAUCUCAUAUACAUCUUUGGAAAUCGUGCGGGACAAAAUAUCAUCGUCAGAACAAAAGAUUAUGUGGAGACAACCGUUUUUAGAAUGACUGAUGAAACUUUUAAAAGUCACUUUCGCAUGAGGCGAGAUACUUUUCAAUUCCUACUAAAUUUACUCGGACCUGAUUUACAUAAACAAUCUGUUCAUUACGGUAGACACCCCAUUUCUGUCGAAAAACAGCUUCUCUUGAGUAUUUGGACCAUGGCAACACCAGACUCCUACAGAUCUGUAUGUGAUCGCUUUGAUGUCGGAAAAGCAACUGCAUGGAGAUCUGUUUGGAAAGUAGUUAAAUCAAUUUAUAAUUAUUUACCUGUCUACAUCAAAUGGCCUACGCGCGAAGAAGCAAGGACAACAUCAAAUUAUGUACAUCGACGGUACGGAUUUCCAAACGUUUUUGGAGCAGUUGAUGGAACACAUAUAAGAAUAGCUCAGCCCAAAGAACACCAUGCUAGCUAUAUUAAUCGUAAAGGAUUUCAUUCCAUCCAAACUCAGCUAGUAUGUGAUCAUAAAUUGAAAAUCAUUCAUGCAUAUUGUGGUGAAGCAGGUUCAGUUCAUGACGCUCGAGUUUUCCGGCUGUCAAGUCUACAAAAUUAUUGUACACCUGAAUUUCUUCCUGAUGACACUCAUUUGUUAGGAGACAAGGCUUACAGUAUCCAACCGUGUAUAAUGGUACCUUAUCGAAACAAUGGUAAUUUAAGUCAAGAAUGUUUACGAUACAAUAUGAUACAUUCGAGUUCGCGUAUGAUGAUAGAACGAGCAAACGCUUCAUUAAAAGGGAGAUUUCGCAGUUUAUUAGACAAGCUACCAUUCAAAAGAACCGAUUUAAUACCAUAUUAUGUUAUUGCUUGUUGUAUUUUGCACAACAUUUGUAUUUUGAGAAACGAUUUGAUCGAAAUUCCGAUUCUUGUGAAUCAUGACAUUCCAGCAUUUGAUGUUGAUGUUGAAGUAAAUAAUGCCAUGAAAGUUGCCGGAAUGGAGAAGAGAGAACGCUUGAAAAAUUUUAUUAACAAUUUGGAAAUUUAA